AUGUGUAUGUUCAGGAUCACCACUUACGAUGAGUGUUGGGGUCAAUACACUCACUUCUUAAUUUGCUCCACCAAAUCAUCCAACAACAAUGAACUUACUUCUCCACAAGAUCGAGUUCUUUCGGCAUUGAAAUGUCCAAACUUGAAAUCCGAGCACAUCAACAUCGGAGGUUCGAGAUGUAAUUGCAAAAUCAAUCCGCGGGCCUUCAACACUGUUUGCAACAGAAUGUGGGGAGGUGACUUUGUCGGAAGUGUCAACUGUAGCAUGAAUCCCGGAUCUGCAGUAAAAUUUGAAUUUCGCGGCAGAGAAUGGGAGAACUGCACCAAUGUGGAUAUGUUACUUAGAGGAGGCAAUCGCAAUGUUCCGGAUGAUUAUAACCCAAGUGUGCAAGUAUGGAAUGAUAGCGAGUGGGAUGGAGACAAUAAGCAGGUAGAUUGGAGAGACAAGGAUUGGGUCACGUUGGCAGAGAAGGGAAUGGUUACGUGGCAGAGCCGCAAGACUCGAAAGCCCAGUCAUGUUCAAGAUCCGAUGACACCAGGAGGAAUUCAGCUUCCCGAGGAGAGUCAAACUUACGAAGAGGUUCAACUGGAGAAAAGCGAAAUGUUUUCCACCGAGCACAGUUUGACAAGACCGAAAGGUCAGAAGCUCCCUCCACGGCCUGACUCGACAAACCAUCAUGUUGGCAGUAUUGGUGCUGCUGUAGUUGAGUGGAGGCAAUUUAAAGACCAGAAAGAAGCCACUGUAGAUGGUCAUCAGCAUUUGCCGUCUCGUCCACCAAGCGUUGGUCAGCCACAAUAUCAGAGGAAAGCUUCGGUUCCACAUAUCAACCUGGCUGAACAUGGGAGACAGUUGGUAAUGGGCGUCGAUCGUCAGAAUCAACAAAGCGUGCUGUCAUCAUUGACUGCCACUGUGCCAACCCCACCGAUACUUCCAACCGGUCCAAAGGCUAUGCCGGUUCGCGAGGCAGAGCGGCCGCAUAGAGAGAGGAAAAAUAGCCAAGGAGUUCAAUCGGGAGUACAAUCAAGUGCAGCUAAGAUAAUGCGUUCAUCCAUUCCGCUUGGACCGAAGGUGUUACCUGUUUGGCAGUUGGCUCGAAUUCUGAAGGAGAAACAGGAACAGGAAAAGAAUAAUCUUGGAAUACCGCCGGGAAAUUACCAACAAAGUUCGACGGAUCCGGCUGCUGCUAUCACCACCCGCGAGAAUAAUAUUCACGAUCAGGACGCAAGUCAAGCAAGACUUCAAAUCCCCGAUUUCCUGGAAACUUCUUCAGCUCCUGGUGCUGCAAGUGAAAGCUCGCAAGACCAGCGCGAGGAGGGAAAUGAUCAGAAGAGAAACAACUUCUUACGUAGUACCUACAAACAACGAGUGGUCCUCCGAGAAAAGAGAUCGAAGGACCAAGUGGAUAAAUCUGGUCUGUCUGUUCAGGAUUGUUUCCAGCAUGUCACUGCACGGAUUCCUAGCAGAGAGGAUGGUAACCCAUCUACCAACGAGACUUUCGGUAACCCCUGGAAUGGAGUAUCAGAAUAUGUCGUUUCUCAAGAGUACAACAGUACUUUACCGGAGUCUGAUGAUAGGAACUUCGUAUUUAACAACUACACUGCUUCAGAACAGUCCCCAGAUAAGGUCCAAAUGACAGAUCUUUAUGAGGCAUCGAACUCUACAUCUAAAGAUUUCUUUGGAACUUCGCAGCAAGCUUCAAUCACAAUUGUAGGAGAGCCGCAAGCAGCUCCACAUAUUGCUUCGGACCCUCUACGCAGAGGAGGUCUGACACCUCUUGAGCCACGCCAAGUGCAAAGAUCUCAAGCAAAACGUGCAAACUUUGAAUUUCAUCCAUAUUCGAAUCCCAAUGAAAGCGAGCCAGAUGCCGAAAGAAGAGCUAAGCAGCAUCAAGAUAUUGCAGAGCAGUCGAACCGCCAAGCUCUUGAGCGGGAACAGAAAACUCAGGAUGAUGUACAGACUCGAAGACAACCCGAUGUCUUUGUACAAGAACCAAGUCAUUCACAGGAAAAUUUCCAAAGAAAGGCAAUCAGAAAGCUCCAAGAAAUUGAAGAGCAAUCCAAUAUACCAGGCAACAGAAACACGCGAGAUAUUCUCCAUGAUUUCAGUCAGCUUGACGCUUUUCUACAAGACUUCACGCUUUCUCAGCAAGAUACCGCACAUGAGAUGUGGAUGAUAGAAAAAGCCAAGGUUGAUAAGAGGUUUAGUAAGUUUUAUGGAACCAUUACUACUCCUAACAAAGAGGCCACAAGGAGCCCACAAGUGAGCGAUAAUGUAGUCAAGCAGCCACGUCAAGAGAAAAUCGAUGAGGAAAAUGGUGUUGAGGAGAGAUCUGUUGAAGAUAGGUCUCUUCCUCAAAAUAAAACUUCACCUGCGAAUACCUCUCGCCUCCUGCCAAAAUCCGAAUUACCUUAUCUACUCAAAGAGAAGCGGAAGACCAUACUGAUGGCAAAAAUGCUACAUGAUCAAGACAUGAAGGAGAGAUUUGUGCAGGAUGUCCCUUUUCCGCAACAAAAUGUAGCCCGUGAUAGUUGGAUUAUUGUAGCAAAAUUGGUAGAUCGCCGCUUACAGAAACUCCUCGAUCAAAUCAGAACAUGCGUUGUCAGUGAAGGCGUAGAAAAUUAUGCUGAGGACAUUGAAUAUAAUGAAGAGGAGCACCGGCAAAUUCAAGAAAAAAUACUAAGAAGUGUUAAUCGAAAAUUUGGCGAGCAGCUCAGGAAUCUUGAACGUUCAGCAAAAACUCGAGAAGAGAAACGAGUUCGUGAAGCAGAGAAGCAGAAGAAGCUCAAUGAUCGCAAAUCAUUCAAUAAGCAAAACCGGGUUGAUGGCGGUACUGACCUUUCGAAUCACACUGGUCGUACAGAAGUUACAAACAACCAACAGGAAAUGAUCAGCACUUCACUCGGAGAUCGGGCAAUGGGAGAUGUUACGGAUGCUUAUGACGAAGCCGAUAUUGAAGUACAACAAAAGCGAAAGAGAGACGUCCAAUACUUUGAUCAUUCCCCACGCACAUCUGCCAAGAAGAGAAAGUCUGGCGAAAAUAAGCUAGCUGUUGAGAGCGAACAGGCACGUAACCAGAGAUUGAGGGAUUUGUAUUAUUCUGGACUCAUUCCGAGUAUGGAAGAUGCCAUGGGUCUUGAGAAGGCUGACGCUGCCACACUAAAAGUCGAUAACAAACGAGACCAAGACAAGCGAAAGGCCAAUUCCCAGUAUACUGAUCUAAUGACCUUGAAAGAUGAGAUUUCUAGCAACAAUAAGCCUCAGGCCGAAAGCUCUGGACGCAAAGCAUGGAUUGACAUUGACUUUGAAGCUCAGGGCAAACGUACUAAGACUAAUCGACGAGGAGAUACUCAUAUAUUAAUCCCCGAUACUUUCCACCGCUCGUUCCCGAAACUGCCAAAUGAAUCGAAACAAGAUUUUCGCAGAAGAAAGCUUGCUGCAUACAUCGUCAGCGAUGAAUACAAACAACGUCAAUCAACUGGCUCAGGCACCAGGAAUAGCACAUUGACCAAUGGUCAAGAACAAGCCAACAGUGAUGAGGAUCUGUCAGAGUAUCUACCAUCAGGUAUGAAUCAGUCGAAGUUGAGCAACGAAGUUGGCCCGCAUGCCAAGGAGGAGAAUAUUAGAAAGCCGAGACUUCCGCGUCAAGCGAAAAAUACUUCUGCUCGAGAAGAAUGGCUUCGAAAGCAAGAUGGUAGAAAACUUGAGGAACAAAGACAACAAGUCGGUAACACAGGCAAUGGCAAAAAAGAGGGGAUGGUAGGCAGGCUUGUUGGAGGAAGAAUUGAUGUUGACAACCAAAUUCCGAGCAAUAUGAGCGAUAACCAAGGACUUGCAGAUUAUGGAUCAGGGAAGAAUGCUUAUAUGAAGACGGAAGGCGGCAGCCGACCAGAAAGCAGAGGUAAGUUUUCUCCCACCCACCUUAACUUCUCCCGUCUGCAAGUACGCGGCGGAACAGAACAUCAUGGAUCCUUCAAACUUAAUAACAUAGCUUCAGGCUUUUUCGGAACUCAACAACAACUUCAGUCGUCCAAUACAGAGCUGCCAGCGGUAGUCCAGCAAAAUGACUUAAUCAUGGCAGGGAGCAAUAUCGAGAGAGCUAUUGAUUUGACGUCUGAUUGA